UGUGUGUGUGUGUGGGGGGGAAAAGGACUAUCAGAGACCAGAGAAAAAAAUUCCUGCUUUACAUGGACCCGGACACUGGAGUACAUAACGAAGAAUUUUGGGGGGCAACGAAAUGGUGCUUGGACUGAACAUUCCUGCCUGUGCAAUAGCAGUGGCCAUAAUAGCAGUAAUUCUUGGCAUUUACCUGCUUCCUUCUCCAAUAGAUCCAGAACCUUUCAUUUUUGAAAAGCCACCACCAGCACUUAUUGGACCAUUGCAGGUCAACCAAAGGCUCCAUCAGGCACAGAGGCUCUUUUCUGGACUACUGAAAGGACCAGAGUCAUUUGCUGCAGAUAGCAACGGUGAUGUGUACACAGGUACAGUGGAUGGGAAACUGUGGAGAAUCCAUGAUAACCAGUUGACUUUUGUUGCUCAGAUGGGUCAAGAUGUCUCGGGCUGUGGUAGUUUUGAGAGUGAGGCUCUUUGUGGCCGGCCUCAUGGAGUGCGGUUUGAUAAGGAUGGCUACCUGAUUGUGGCAGAUUCUUACUAUGGCCUUUACAGAGUUCAUCCGUUGACAGGAGAAAAAUCCCUGCUCGUCUCAAACAGUGAAGGUGCAGAUGGAAUUCUUUUUAAGUUUCUCAACGGAUUAGAAAUUGCCAAAAAUGGAACCAUCUUUUUCACAGAUUCCAGCAGUAAAUGGGGCUGUCGGCAUCACAGAUACGAGGUGAUAGAAGCAAAUCAUAUGGGGCGUCUGCUGGCGUAUGAUUCUUCAAGUCAGAAAGUAAGGAUGGUACUGGAUGGCCUGUACAUGGCAAAUGGACUUGCCCUGUCGCCGGAUGAAGAUUAUAUAUUAAUAGCAGAGACGAGCGUAUGCAGAAUUAUACGUUACUGGCUGAAGGGACCCAAGACUGGUACGAAAGAAAUCUUUGCUGAUAACCUGCCAGGCUACCCGGACAACAUACGACAGACCAAAGUCGGGACAUAUCGGGUUGGUCUCACAACAACUCGCCUUUCCAGCUACAUUAGACCUUUCCUGGACAUCCUGGGGCCUUAUCCUAUGUUGAAGAGAAUUGUUGCCAAGGUUACUCCACUGUCAUUUUACACUGUUUUUCUUCACAAAUAUGGAUUACUCCUGGAGCUUAAUGACAGAGGACAGAUUGUAGACAGCUUCCAUGACCCAAAUGGCACAGUCACAUGGGCAAUCAGUGAUGCGUUUGAGAACAAUGGUAAACUGUACUUGGGCAGCACAGACCUGCCAUUUCUGGUUGUGCUGGAAUUGCCAGACUAACCUGUGCUGCACGUCAACACCCUGUACGUCCUCAUUGACCUCAUGUGGAGUCCUGUAGCUCAGUGGUUAGAGCACCCGCUUUGCA